GCCAGGUCAAAGCUACCAUGACGACAAACAACGAUGCAUGGUCGUGGUACAGGAACGUACUCGGCGCGCCGCAGUUUGUGUGUGCCCCAAUGGUGCGGCAGUCCGAGCUAGCCUUUCGCCUUCUCACACGACGCUUGGGAUGCCAGUUGGCAUUCACGCCGAUGUUUGUCGCGUCAGAUGUGGUGGCUGCCGCGGCUGGUUCUAUGGAUGCAACGAUCGACGUUUCGCACCAAUUCUUCGCCACCGCUGAUGAAGAUCGGCCGCUGAUUGUCCAGCUAGCAGGAAACGACCCAAUCACUCUUGCAACGGCGGUUGCCCUCCUCCAGCAUCGCUGCGACGGCAUUGACCUGAACCUGGGCUGCCCGCAGCGAUGUGCUCGCACUGGCCACUUUGGCGCGUAUCUCCUCGACGACCCCGACCUCGUUGAACAGGUUGUUCGAGCCAUGGUCCACGUGGCUAAGGUUCCCAUCACAUGCAAGAUUCGCAUUCAACAAGACAUUCGCGCCUCCAUUGACCUGGCCCGUCGACUAGAAGACGCAGGCUGUUCGAUGCUGACGGUCCAUGGUCGACUGCGCACUCAACGGCACCACGAAGGCACGUGCAACUGGGAUGCCAUCCGACAAAUCCGGCAGUCUGUGGCCAUUCCAGUGUUGGCCAACGGCGGAAUCCAAUCGCGGCAGCACGCGGUAGAGUGCAUCAAGUACACCGGAUGCGCUGGAGUCAUGAGCGCCACCGCAUUGCUGCAAAACCCUGCGGCCCUGUCCGCUUCUCCAACCUCAGUUUAUGCGACAGCGUUGCAGUACUUGGCCCUAGCUCGCGAGUACCCGCCUCUGCAUGCAGACACCACGCGAGACCAUAUUUUGACCAUGAUGCGAUCCAAAUGCCAGAGGCAGUUUAUAGACUUGUGGGGCGUGAUUCAACAUGUUCAGUUGCCAGAUCAAUUGGAAGCAUGCGUCGUGCAUGUUGCCAGUCGCCAUGACGAUACAGUCGUGGUGUCGACGCUAUUUAACGACUGGGAAGCCCUACCGUCGUUCAAGGACAUCAAGUCGAACUGGACAUCACGACCAAACGGGUGGGAUGUCGAUCACGCGGUUGAAUUACGUGGUUGGGCGAAUGAAGAUUACUAGUCAUACUAACACGUACUUCGAAGUAUUUUAACAAGUAUUGUGCUUUCGAGUGAAA